UAGACGCUGAAUUGCUGCCGCGCGCCAUGCGGGGGCGCUGCCUCCCCUCUGACUGGCCCGAGGCAGGGGCUGCGAGGCGCUAGGGGAUGUCCGGAAGGAUCUCUCGGGGGGACCAGCUUUGCUGCCUAAGGAGCAGAGCUACUGGAGUGGAACCUCGGAAGGGCGACGUGGAAUCCCUGGAGCAUUUCUCUGCUGAGACACCCCGACGGGAGGCCCUGGAGCGCUGGGGUUGUCUUUGCCUUUUGGGGGGAUUUUCAUGGCGGGGCUUGUUCCUGGUCCCCGUGGUGCUUUGCUUACAGCUGAUGAGCCUCUGCCCCCCGCCCGUGGUCCCCCUGCCCUGACGCAGGCCUGCGCGUGAGGUGACACGAGGAGGCGAGCGGGAGGGCAGCACAGCUCACCAUGGUGCUGCCGCCGCCUGACAAGCGCCACGUGUGUCUGACCACCAUCGUCAUCAUGACCAGCAUGGCCUUCAUGGACGCCUACCUGGUGGAGCAGAACCAAGGGCCCCGGAAGAUCGGCGUCUGCAUCAUCGUCCUGGUGGGAGACAUCUGCUUCCUCAUCGUGCUGCGCUACGUGGCGGUGUGGGUGGGGGCGGAGGUGAGGACGGCCAAGCGGGGCUACGCCAUGAUCCUGUGGUUCCUCUACAUCUUCGUGCUGGAGAUUAAGCUGUAUUUCAUAUUCCAGAACUACAAGGCGGACAAGAGGAAUCUGGAGACGGUGGCCAGGAAGGCCUUGACCUUGCUCCUGUCCAUCUGCGUGCCUGGGCUCUACCUGGUGCUGGUGGCCUUGGACAGCAUGGAGUACAUCCGGACCUUCCGGAAGAAGGAGGAUCUGCGGGGGCGUCUCUUCUGGGUGGCCCUGGACCUGCUGGAUAUCUUAGACAUCCAGGCCAACCUGUGGGAGCCGCACAAGACUGGGCUGCCCAUCUGGGCAGAAGGGCUCAUGUUCUUCUACUGCUACAUCCUGCUCUUGAUCCUGCCUUGCGUCUCGCUGAGCGAGAUCAGCAUGCAAGGGGAGCACAUUGCCCCGCAGAAAAUGAUGCUCUACCCCGUGCUGAGCCUGGUCACCAUCAACGUGGUCACCAUCUUCAUCCGGGCCAUUAACAUGGUCUUGUUCCAGGACAGCAGGGUCUCCACCAUCUUCAUCGGCAAGAACAUUAUCGCCAUGGCCACCAAGGCCUGCACCUUCCUGGAGUACAAGAAGCAGGUGAAGGAGUUCCCCCCCCACGCGAUGGCCCUGGAGCUCCAGCAGAACUCCGUCCCCCACAACCAGACUCUGCACAGCACGCAGGGCGUGGCCCACGAGCAGUCGCCCACCAGGGACGUCCUGGACACAUGACGGCCCCUCCAGACAGCAUCCCUGGCUGCCGCCACCUUGGGGGUGCAGGGAGGCGGGAAGCUGCUCUCCCGUGGCGGGGGGCGAGUGAA